CUCUUUGUUAGAAUAUCCAAGUCAUCUAUCCCAGAGUUGAUACAGACUGGAUAUGCAAUCGCAAAAGCGUGCUUGUAUUGAUGAUCAGACGGAUGAGGCCUCCAGAGGAUCGAAGAGCCGUGCCUGCAACGAAUGCAAGAAACACAAAAUCAAGUGCGAGCGGAGGCCGGGGGUGUCAAGCUGUGCCAGGUGCCAUAAGCAGGGCCGCAGAUGUAUUAGCAGCGGUCACCUCCAAAGAAUCGUCGAAGAGGACACCGCGUGGAAGAAGGUGGCAAGUGCUCACACACUACAGCUCCAAUCAGCAGUUUUAGACCUCCUUAGACAUUGUCAAUUGCCUGACCUGUCAACUUACAAAACAAAUGCAACAACACCCCAAUCAUUGGAUGCCGUGCUUCCUUGUCCGGAAACAGGUUCUACUAUGGCAAUGACAAGGGAGAAUUCACAGGAACCAGGGACUGAGGCUGAACUGGUUCCAGCUCCGAUGCGCAGCUUAUACGAAGUGACGAAACUACGGAAUCUUCGAAGUAAUCUGUACAGUCAGCCACGAACCAUAAACAUGAUAGACAACGACAUGAUAUCAAGAGGAGUUUUAUCCCUUGACCAGGCAGAAAUGCUGUUUUCCCUCUUUAAUCGUACUAUGAACCAUUGCUUGUGGGGCGGGAUUGCACUCACCCAUUCUGAUUUGACAUCUGUCAGGCAAUCAUCGUCUCUUCUUACCGUCGCGAUAUUAGCUGUUGCAUCCUUACACGUUCCGGACCAGAAUGAAACCUUUGAGGCGUGCUACCUAGAGUUUGUUACGUUGGUGUCAAAGUCAACGCUCAACCGUUACCACACCCUAGACGAGAUACGAGCUCUCUGUAUAGGUGCGUUUUGGCUCUCGGACCUUAGCUGGAAGCUGUCUGGCCAUGCUAUAAGAAUAGCAACAGAGAUGAACCUGCAUCGAGGGGUCCAAAGACUACUAAGGGGAAAGCUUGAGAACUUUGAGCACGUUCAAUUGUGGUACCUGUUAUAUGUAUGCGAUCAUCAUUUCAGCAUAGCAUAUGGUCGGCCUCCGGUGAUUCACGAAAGUCCAGCGAUCAGGAACUACGAGGCGUUUCUGCAAUCUCCACUAGCUGGGCCAGGCGAUGUCCGGUUGGUAGCUCAGGUUGCACUUUUUAUAAUCCUGACCCAAGGAUAUGAUGAAUUUACCUCAGAUGUUGAACAGCCCUUAGAGGAGGACGACUUUGAUCGCCUGAGGGCGCUUACCCUGGACGUUGAGAUGUGGCGGAUGAAGUGGCAGCCUAGAUCAGCAGACAGUCCAUAUGUUGGUUGUUAUCCUUCUAAAGGCGUUGUGUUACACUAUCACUUCGCAAAAUUCCAGCUAAAUUCUCUUGCCCUCCGCGCCAUCGCAUCCGAUGCCCUUCUUUCCAUGGAUCGAAGAGAUGCUAUCAACAUCGCCAUCUCCUCUGCUAUAUCAACUUUGAGCAUGAUUCUUCACGAACCAGACAUCCGCAGCGCCAUAGUCGGCGUUCCUCUCUUCACGCAUACAAUGGUUGCCUUCUGCGCCGUCUUUCUCCUCAAAGUAGCGUGGACACGGAACUCGCAAUUCCUGAACAUUGACAAGCGCCAGGUACAGUAUCUUGUACAGAAUGUUAUUGAGAUGAUGUCUAGUGUCGCCGCCAGCGACAGGCAUCUCACGUACCACAUCGCUCGUGGCUUGAGUAAGAUGCUGAAUAGGCUCAAGAAUAGGGGUAUAAGUCCGGAUGCGCAAGCGUAUAGGACUGCAAGUACCGUUGCAGCUGCAGGCUUGGGCGGGCCGACACAGGUCUCUAUAUUCGAUACUUUGGGUACGUAUGGAUUCGAGUUUGAUGAUACUUGGAGCGAGUUCCCGACGUUUCCUGAUCCGUUCGCUAUUAUGUUACCCAGUGAUGGAUAGUAUGAUUAACUACACGUAAUACCCGCUCUUGUUAUGGCAGCUUUGCGUUACAUAUCAUGCGCCAACUCUAUAUGCACUGUUGAUUCCUUCGCGCUGUCGACAAGUCCCUCGCUCUUGUUCCUUAGCUUUGCCUGACUCUGUAGCUGGAUAUCUAUCUUGGCAACAAAGUCCUUGUCGACAGAAUUCCUGACCACUUUGAAAAUAGACGGUCGCUUCCCGUCCU